UUUAUUUUAUUUUUCACAUUUUAUACACUAUGCGUUUCCUUGAAUGGAAAAGCAAGGGUACUGGAGUACUGUUGAUGCUCACAGCAGUACAAGCAUUUGACAGAAGUGUAUUCCAGCAACCUAUGUAUGCAAAUAAGUCUAUCUCCAAUGAUAGCUAUCGUAUACGUGCCCAGUCACCCCUACCCGAUGCAACCCAGCUUACACAAAAAGAGAAACAAGACUUUAUAAAAGGAGCUUUUAUGUUUGCUUGGGAAGGAUACAGAGCGUUUAGUUGGGGAUAUGAUGAAAAUAGACCUGUCUCCAAUCGACCAGUCAACACCAGGAAUGGCUGGGGAGCUACGAUUGUCGAUGCCUUGGAUACAUUAUACUUGAUGGGUCUAACAGAACAGUUCAACGAAGCCAAGGACUUCGUAAGGACUAUCGAUUGGAAGGCUGUAAAACCAGGAAAUGAAGAAGUUCAGGUGUUUGAGACCGUUAUUCGAUACGUCGGUGGAUUGAUUUCUGCCUAUGAUCUAUCUGGCGACAGUGUUUUUAUAACUAAAGCGGUAGAGCUUGUGGAUCUCUUGAUGCCUGCAUUUGAUACGCCAACUGGUAUCCCAUAUCAAUUUGUGAAUUUCAAAACAGGAAAAGGAGUGAAAUCUGGAUUUACUGAUGGCGCAUCAUGUCUUGCUGAACUCGGGACUGUUCAGUUGGAGUUUACACGGCUCUCUCAAAUCACUGAUAACUGGGUUUAUCAUCGAGCAGGCCAACGUGUCUAUGAAGCCUUCGAGAACAUGAGGACUUCACCACAUGGUCUUUUUACUCAUCUUAUCAAUCCAGAUACUGGAAAGCAAUUAGGAAACUAUAUUACUUGGGGAGGCAUGGCAGACAGCUUCUAUGAGUACUUGAUCAAACAAUAUGUUAUGUCGAAAGGCAGAGAUGAAAGGAUGAAAGAUAUGUCUAUAGCAGCAAUCCGAAGUUUAGAGAAGCAUCUUUUAACCAGUCCAAAGGAUCAUUCAGAGCGAGUUUUGCUUUCUGUAUUGGACAAUGGUGUUCAAGUACCAGUCAUGGAUGAAUUGGCGUGCUUUGCACCAGGAUCUCUUCUCUUGGCUUCUAAGACUAUUCCUGGCUUAAAAAAUAUAGAAGACUUUGCUGCUGAUUUGAUGGAUGGUUGCUAUAUUGCUUGGUCUUCAACUCGCACUGGACUAGCACCAGAAACGUUUGGAUGGGAAGAUUCAAAGGAUGGUCACACAGUGGUGGGUGAACUUACCGGACGUCGUAAACAGCUUGCAGAGGAAGCAGGUGUAUUUCCAGUCACUUCGAGCUAUAUUUUAAGACCGGAGACUCUUGAAUCUUUGUAUUAUUUCUACAAGUAUACUGGAGAUAAAUCAUACGAAAUCAAGGCUUGGAAUAUAUUCAAUGCUCUUCAUGUCUACAGCCAUUCAAGCUCUGGAUUCUCAGGUGUUCAAGAUAUAGACUCGUCAUACCCAACUUGGGAUGACCGCCAAGAGAGUUUCUUUUUCGCAGAAACCUUUAAAUAUCUCUAUCUAUUCUACGACGAUGAUGCUGCCGAAUCUGUAUCAUUCGAUCAAUGGGUAUUCAACACUGAAGCACACCCAUUCCGUAUCGUCGAUAAAGAACCACCAAAGCCUGUAGAGGUUCCAUGGUUUGAUGAGAUCUCAGACUUUUUUGAUAAAUGCCUUAGCUUUAUACUUGGUAUUUUGUUUGGAUGGAUUGGAAUUAUUUAUAAAUCUAUUUUUGGAUGAGAACUUUGAUGAUCGUCCUGAUUAUUGAUAAUCAAUAAAUGCAAGCACCCACAAAGCUUCCUCAUUCACUAUCAGA